AUGGCCUCAAAUGCCACUGGAAUGUUUUCAUUUGCUCAAACAGAACCAUCGGCAGACCUGUUGAACGGGCAGUCAUGGGGAACCACUACAGAAGGCCACCAGAAUUUUCAGGAUUUCCCGGACAAUGGAUCAUCACAUUCUGGAGAAGCCGAGGAUUAUCUUUUCACAUCUGGCCAUACUACUCCCAGAGGCUCGAGGCUAGAACAACCCCCCUCCGUGGAAUCUGUUUGGACAAACCCUAGGACCACACAAAGCUCGGUUAUGGCUCAAGCCAUGUCUAGAGCAGAUUCGAGUCAAUCAAGUGGCUCGUCUCUCUCUCAAUCUACCCAGCUGAGCAGAGGUAAUGUGGCCGCUUUCAGGAACGUAUCCCACGCUGCUGCUACCGCCGCCGGAACCAUGGCUGGAAUGAACUCUUGCCUCUUGGUGGCUGCUGACGCCCAUGCCGCAUCUUCCCACGUGUACUGGCCCGAGAUCGGGCUUGGCAUGAACAUUGCCGCUGAUGGUGGUAAAUAUGGCGGUAAUGGUGCCUUUGCUGUCACUGAAGCCGGCCCCAUGCACAUGGUGCCUGCGCACAUGCAUUUGGGUCCCGAGUCAGUCUUGCCAGACAACUCGUCCCCGGGUUCAUGGGACUGCUUCUCGAGCUCCAUCUCCCGGACUUCCUCCCCUGCCACUGUUGAUGACGUGUGGCUGCCCUCAGCGCUGAGCCCCAACUCUUCACCUGAAAUUGUUGGCGAAUCGCCCAGUGCGGAGCGCAAGGUCUCUGUCGCGUCUGACAAGGGCAAUAUCGGCCCAAAGAUUGAGGAAGGCGUAGCCAUGCCCAACGGAUAUCCUUUCCGUAGACACGGAAGCGAUGGAGAGUCCUCGGCUCGGGACCACAAGCUUUACAAGAACGCCACCCCUGGGUCUGAUGGUCUCUUCCACUGUCCCUGGGAAGGGCAGAACUGCUGCAACCACAAACCUGAGAAGCUCAAGUGCAACUACGACAAAUUUGUGGACUCGCACCUGAAGCCGUACCGUUGCAAGGCAGAGUCUUGCGAAGGGGCUCGCUUCUCCUCUACCGCAUGCCUUCUGCGUCACGAACGCGAGGCCCACGGACUGCAUGGACACGGCGACAAGCCGUUUCUCUGCAUCUAUGAGGGCUGCGAGCGUGCUGUUCCCGGCAACGGUUUCCCCCGUCAAUGGAAUCUCCGCGAUCACAUGAAGCGCGUCCACAACGACCACGGAAGCUCUGGUGGUUCACCACCCGCCGCUGCCGCCAACGGACAAUCUGCCAAGGGCCGCAAGAGAAAGACCGAGGUCGCGGAGCAGCAAAGCGGGACUCGCAAGGCCACACUCAAGUCGAUGCCGGCAGCCGACUCCAAGCAGGUCUCCGCCAAGCCUCUUGUCGAGCAGUGGCUCGACCAGCGACGCGCUGUCGAAGAUCUUUGCCGGAGUUUAAACAAGCCUGAUGACGCCCGCAACCUGCAUCAAAUCGGAGAGAUGCAGAAGCGCCUUGCCUUCAUGGCCAAGAUGACCUCGGACUGGAAUGCCGUGACUUGCGCGGACAUCCUGCCCGAUACGAACCGCAGGAACUACACUACUGGUUGA